AUGUUACUUAUCUUUACAGUGCCUUCAUCCAUACAAGCAAUAGGCAACAAGAUGGUCACGGAAGGUGACAAUGUGACUCUGAUGUGUAGUGCAUCCGGAAUACCUCCUCCAGUGGUGUCUUGGAUGAAGCCUGAUGGUCACCGUCACAGUGGAUACAUGCUGAAUGUUGUAAACAUUAACAGGAGUCAAGCUGGCGAAUACAAAUGUGAAGUCAGUAAUGAAUGUGGCAAUGCAACAGAGACAUCAACAAUUGAUGUGCAGUAUGCAUCAAGAAUUACUAACAUUUCUGGUGAGCAGAUCGUGAAUAAUGGUGGUGUGGUGAGUUUGUUUUGUUUAGCGGAAGGUAAUCCAAAGCCAAUGAUAACUUGGACAAAAGUUGCUGAUAACAGUCGAGUGAACUUCCCUUUGACCAUCCGUGGUAGUCAGGAUGAAGGACUGUACAGAUGUACAGCUGAGAAUGGUGUUGGAAGCCCUGUAACUAAGUUUGUCAACAUGACAGUGCGUUUUCCUGCCGCAAUUAUGGCCCUGGGAGAACACACUGUCGUUAAGGGUGGAACUAUCCAACUUUAUUGUAAUGUGUCUGGAACGCCGCCACCUACUAUUUUAUGGACUCAUAUUGGUGGUCUUUGUGAGAAACCGUGUACUGCUGGAAAAUCUUGUCGCAAGUUUGGAGAAACAUUCAUCUGUAUCUGUCCUCCAGGAAAAACAGGAGCAAACUGUCAGGAGACAUCGUUCAUACUUCUCUUGCUACUAACAGAGGAACCCCAGAAAAACCUUGUUAUGGUACUAAAACUCAAGAGAGAGUUCAAACAAGUAUACGAGAACUUGGAAAAUCCACAGACAAAAAUGCUUGUCCGAGGUAUUGAAGAAAAUACGAUGGAAGAAUUAAAAGGCACUAGUCUCGCGAGCGUAAAGGUCCUCGAACUAAGGCCCGGAAGUAUCAUUACUGACUUGGAAUUAACGUUUAACUAUUCUGUCGGUCAAAGUAAUUUAAAUGCAUUGCUGGCACAGGCAGUGAAUGAUGGAAAACUUGGCAGUAUGGAAGUUGAGUAG